UACAUUCCAAUACGUUACCAGUCAGGGAGCUGCACAUCAGCCUUGUUUUGCCUUUGUAAGAAAGCCAGUUCCGUUUCCCAGUCUUCUCCAUUGAAGAAAGCAGCCAUUCCCAUCUACAUGCUACCUCAAAGGCGACUUCCCCGUCCCAUCCGUUGCUCAUUCUGUGUUUGUAUGCUGUGUGUCUUUGCUAGAAUGCAAUUUAUAUAAGCCUUGAUGCAUGGCCACGGAUUAUGACAUUCAUCGGUAAAAGACGGGCAAAAGACCCGAUGGAGCCAUGGAUUCAAAGGGCAGGAUACGAACCUCCUAGGCAUUGAGAGCUCAACAGGAGUUGUUUCCUGAGUGCCAUGCAGGCUGCGUGGCCCUCUGUCGGGAGGGCUUUAACAGGGUCUGUAUGCCUGAAAGAACAGGGCCUUUGGGGAUCCUUUCUGACUGUAGUAGAAUAUAGAUAGCUUGGGAUCCCGGUGGGGCCACUUUGUUUUUUCAACAGAAUGGCCAUCAGUUGGGAGGGAUCGGAUGGCUUCUCCCUGCAUAGCAGAAUGGGGUUGACUGGAUGGGCCCUUCCAACACUAAGAUUCUAUCAUGUGUAUUUUUAACAGAAUCUGGAUGGCCAUUUAUUGGGAGGGCUUUGAUUGUGUCUUCCUACCUGACAGGAGGGUUGGACCAGAUGGCCCUUGGGGUCCCUUCCAACGCUAAGAUUCUAUGAUGUGUAUUUUUAGCAGAAUCUGGAUGGCCAUCUAUUGGGAGGGCUUUGAUUGUGUCUUCCUAAGUGACAGGUAGGUUGGGCCGGAUGGCCCUUGGGGUCUCUUCCAACGCUAAGAUUCUAUGAUGUGUAUUUUUAGCAGAAUCUGGAUGGCCCUUGGGGUCCCUUCCAACGCUAAGAUUCUAUGAUGUGUAUUUUUAGCAGAAUCUGGAUGGCCAUCUAUUGGGAGGGCUUUGAUUGUGUCUUCCUACCUGACAGGAAGGUUGGACUGGGUGGUCCUUGGGGUCUUUUCCAACUCUAGGAUGCUAUGAUUUGUAUUUUUAACACUCUGUUGGGAGAGAUUAUAGUCUCUUCAUGCAUAGCAAUAGGGGAUGGACUGGAUGGCCCUUGGAUGCCCCUUCUGACUCUAGGAUUUUGAUUCCAUGGCUCCAUAAGACAUGGUCCUUGCAUCAUUCCCAUUGCAAAGUGUACCUCUGCCCUGCAAAGUAAGCCUAUGAAGCCACCACCACCACCAAUGGUCUGCGUUUGCCACAAGUUUUAUUGUUGAACCACAGAAAAUUGCAGUUCAGUCCCUAUAUUGGCUGAGAAAGAUCUUCCUCGCCAUUGAUAAACCUUAGGCUCCUUCUAGUCCGCACCCGUUCUGCAUGCAACAUAGGGAUUUCGGACCUAGAAUUUGGAGCAUGUAUGCAAUGCACGCACACUUUUUGUAUUACUUUAAUGGUGCGGCUGUCAGGACUCGCUUGCACCCCUUUUGCAGAAUCCAUGUUCCCAUCAGUGUUGUUAAUCGUGCCUUAUUAUACUUUCAAAGGCCCCACAAGGCCGACCAUAUUGUUGUCUGUUUUCUGUGUUGCUGUUCUCGGUGCGCAUGCCGCAAGUGUGUUUGGUGCGCAGAAAACACAACCCCCUAUACGUUUAUCUGUGUGUAUAUAGCUACCUGGUAGCGCAUGGGGCAAUGUAUGUGGUGUUCUUUUUGGGGACAUAACACUGUAAAUAUGUACCAUGGACAGAAAUCCUAUUUUGGGGAGUUUUUCUUUGUUUUGCAUGCUUUUGUACUAAUCUGGAGGAACCAAAGGGCGGAGGAGAAGGAAAUGCCAAGUAUCUACAUACAAAUAAAAGUGGGAAAAAUA